AUGACAGCUGAAGCCUCUCUCUGGAAUCAUCUGAAUGGAAAGACCCUGGACCCUCUUUGCCUGGCUCACCAAGGCUUGGGGUUGUGGCUUCUCAGGCCCUUAUGGGGUUUUCUCUUCAGCUUUCUGAGGGCCCUUUGGUGGGUGUUACUCAGUGUCAUGCUGUGCUGUCUCCUUCUAGGUGCUACUCUGAGCUCCAACUCCACACAGGAGGAGGGCUCUUUCAUUGUGGGGGUGCUGGGUCCAUGGGAGUGUGACCCCCUCUUCACCAAAGCUCUCCCCCAUGUGGCUGCCCAGCUAGCUAUCAUGCGAGCCAAGAGAGACUUCUUGUUGGAGCUGGGCAACCGACUGGACUACAUGAUCCUUGAGGAGGGCUGCAAGACCCCCCAGGCCCUGGCUGCUUUUCUCUCCUAUAGGGGUGCUGUGGCCACCUUUGUGGGGCCUUCCAAUCCUGGCUACUGCCCAGCAGCAGCACUCCUGGCCCAGAACUGGGGCAAGGCCCUUUUCUCCUGGGCAUGUGGGGCCCCGGAGUCAGGAGGUACAUUGGUCUCCACUUUGCCCUCCACCAUCCAUGUCCUGUUGGCUGUCCUGAGGCACUUUGGCUGGGCUCAUGUGGCUGUCAUCUCCUCCCACCAGGAUGUCUGGGUGGACACAGCCCAACAGAUUACCUCAGCCCUCAGGACUCAUGGACUACCUGUGGGGCCUGUAACCUCUCUGGGGCCUGGAGGCCAGGGAGCCGUAGGGGCCCUGAAGCAGCUUCAGGACACAAAUAGGUUGAAGGUGGUGGUGAUGUGCAUGCAUUCGGUUCUUCUCGGUGGCUCCGAACAGGCAGUCCUGCUUGCCCAAGCUCAGGCACUUGGCCUGACCGAUGGCAGGUAUGUCUUCAUCCCUUAUGAUGCACUGCUUUAUGGGAUGCCCUAUCGCAACCGGUCCUAUCCAGUGCUGAGAGAUGGUGGUGGCCUUCAGGAAGCCUACGAUGCUGUGCUGACCAUCAGUCUGGAGUCUGGUACAACUGACUUCGAUGAAGCCUUCUCAGCUGCGAGGAAGAGUGGGGAAAUCACUGCUGAAGCAGAGCCUGAGCAAGUGUCCCCACUCUUUGGGACUAUCUAUGAUGCCAUCUUUCUUCUGGCCAAUGCUCUGAAUUACUCUAAGAAACAAGGGGGUCAACUCUCAGGAAACCAUCUUCAGGAUCACGUUAUGUCUCUGGACCUGCCUGGUUUUAGCCAGAGGAUCCGGACAGAUGAGAGAGGAAAUAGGUUGGCCAGCUAUGUGAUCUUGGACACAGAUGGUCAGAAGUGCCAGCUUAAUCCAACCCAUUUGCUGGACACAUCUACUCAAUUAGUACAAUCACUGGGCAGACCUAUUCACUUUCCACAAGGAAAACCACCUCCCCCUGACUCCAACUGUUGGUUUGAUGCAGACACUCUGUGCACAGGAGAUGGGUGGUCCUUGGUUCCUCUUCUGGCUCUGAUAUCAGCGUCUACCCUAGUGCUUGGAGGCCUGGGUCUCAUUUACCUCAUCAGGACUCUGCAGUUCCAGCCUGGAGGAGGCCCCAACAAGAUUAUGCUGACCUUGGAAGACCUCACCUUCACCCAUCCUCCAAUGAGCCGGAGGAAACUCACCCUGGACACCCUCAGCAACUCCCGGAGCCCCUCAGAUGACAAGAGCCUCAGCUCAGAGGUUCAGUCUCCAGGGAGGGGUCUCUCAGCCCCACCAGAGCCCUCCAACAUGGCCUUGUACCAGGGAGACUGGGUUUGGCUGAAGAAGUUCAAGGCUGGAACAUCCCUGGAGCUCCGUCAGAGUUCUGUGAAGCUACUGAAAAAGAUGAGGGACCUGAGACAUGAGAAUGUGAAUCUCUGCCUGGGCUUCUUUACUGAUCUGGGUGUGUCUGCCAUUGUGUUUGAGCACUGUUGCCGGGGCAGUUUGGAGGACUUGCUGAAGAAUGAGGCCCUGCGGCUUGACUGGACUUUCAAGUCAUCCCUCCUGAUGGAUUUGAUUAAAGGUGUCCGGUACCUCCACCAUCGAGGAUUUCCCCAUGGCUCCCUCAAGUCUCGCAACUGUGUUGUGGAUGGGCGCUUUGUGCUGAAGGUCACAGACCAUGGUUAUCUGGCACUUUUGGAGAGGCAGCGGGUUCCUCAUUCCCAGCCUCCACCAGAAGAGUUGCUGUGGACCGCACCAGAAUUGCUCAGGGGGCCAGAAGGACCUUGGAGAGGCACUUUCAAGGGUGAUGUCUAUAGUUUUGCCAUCAUUUUGCAAGAAGUGCUUGCUCGGGGACCACCCUAUUGCACAUUGGGACUCUCUGCAGAAGAAAUCAUCAGGAAGGUGGUGUUUCCUCCUCCCCUCUGCCGUCCGAUGGUGUCUCCUGACCAGGGACCACCUGAGUGCAUCAGGCUGAUGAAACAGUGCUGGAGUGAGGAGCCAGAAGACAGACCCAGCUUGGAUGACAUCUUCAGCCAGUUUAAAAGCAUCAACCAAGGCAAGAAGAGCAGCGUGGCGGACUCGAUGCUGAGGUUGCUGGAGAAGUACUCCCAUGACCUGGAGGACCUGGUCCAGGCGAGGACGGAAGAGCUGGAACUGGAGAAACAGAAGACAGAGAAGCUGCUCUCUCAGAUGCUUCCCCAGUCUGUGGCAGAGGCACUGAAGGCUGGGACCACUGUGGUCCCAGAGUACUUUGACCAGGUGACCAUCUACUUCAGUGAUAUCGUUGGCUUCACCACCAUCUCAGCUCUGAGUGAGCCCAUUGAGGUGGUGGACCUGCUAAAUGACCUCUAUACACUGUUCGAUGCUGUCCUGAAUAGUCACGAUGUAUAUAAGGUGGAGACCAUUGGUGAUGCCUACAUGGUGGCCUCAGGGCUGCCUAGGCGGAAUGGCACCCGGCAUGCAGCUGAAAUCGCCAAUCUGGCACUGGACAUCCUCAGCUCCGUGGGGGACUUCCGCAUGAGGCAUGUGCCGGAGGUGCCCAUCCGCAUCCGGGCUGGCCUGCAUUCAGGUCCCUGUGUGGCAGGAGUCGUGGGCCUCACCAUGCCUCGCUACUGCCUCUUUGGAGAUACAGUAAAUACUGCCUCCCGGAUGGAGUCUACAGGACUGCCUUAUAGGAUCCAUGUCAACCGAAGCACUGUUCGGACCUUGGUCAGCCUGAACGAAGGCUACAAAAUUGAAGUCAGAGGCCAGACUGAACUGAAGGGGAAAGGUAUAGAAGAAACCUAUUGGCUGGUUGGGAAAGCAGGCUUCCCGAAGGAACUCCCUAAGCCAAUGGAUAUCAAACCCGGAGAUGCCUGGCAGGACAUGGUGAAUCAAGAGAUCAAGUCGUCCUUCAAGAAGGCCAACCGAAGCUACGGCAGGCCCAGGAGCUCCGGAGAGGCACAACCAGGUCCCUAG